AUGGACCCCUGGGUGUUGUCGUGCCUGCGCAACCGCGAAACCAGCAUUCUCUACCGUUUCCCCGAAGAAGUUCUGCUCGUCGUCCUGGAAAAGAUCCGAGACGGCAACGACCUUUUGUCGCUAUUCUGUCUCCGCCGGGUCUCGAGGCUGCUGCGCAGACUCGUCCAUAGCGACCCGGCUUUCCUCGCCAACUCCUUUCAGCGGCAUUCCGGUGCUACUAUUCGCCCCCGAUGUGGGCUUAGGUCGCCUAAUUUCGUGCAAUUUCGAGAGAAUUUCGCCGCGCUGGAGCUGCUAGGGUAUAAAAACGGGAAGUUCCCCCUGAUUCGGCUUCUCGAUCGGGACCGGGUGCUCAAGCAGGACGAGAAGCCCGACGAGAGAGUGUUGCAGUCUACCAAGAAAUCCUUCCCACUCUGUAAGCACAAAUCCGUCUAUGCGGACAAGGUACAUCAUAUUGCAUUAGAAAGGACCGGGGCUCGGUGGGAACGGGAACUAACCUCGGCACCGGCCGUCAUUGUUCGUUGCCAUCGCUGCACUGGGCGCUACGCCUGCAAGGCCUCCAAGAACAAAACGCGCAGCAGCAAGGAGUCCUCGCCUGUCGAGAGCUCGACGCCGCCAUCUACAAGUGCCGUCCUCCUUGUCAGCGUAUUUUCUGCCGACGUGGUCCUCAGAUGGAGCGGCCACAGACUGCUCACUGUGAAGAACGGAAAGCUCGACUCCCUGGAGCUGCGGGCCAUGUUCGACGAGUACGGAAAGGAGGGUGCGCCGUGGAUGGUUCCGGACGCGUCGGCCGGCUCGCCCUGGCGUCCGGAGAUGUGGUGCUUCGGCCCGGACGUCUGCUCCUGUGUACGCUACGGCCCGGCACCCGAGGACGAGGAGCAGGUGGCCGCAGACCCGGAUCGGUUCUUCCCUUCGCACAGCGUCAAGUUUAGACACUUUGCCUGGAACAGUCCCUGGACCGUGACUAUCCAGGAAUGCAUGGCACACAGGGCUGCGCGGCUCGAGGAGAGGGAGAAGAACCCGGCGGCACAGAGCCCCAAAACCCAGCAAAUCUGUUUCGAGACCGUAUACCAGCGCCACAUCCAUGUUCACUCGUCGGGGUUCGGUAAACUGUAGCCCGCAGGGCCCGGAACCACACAACAGGUGUAAUAGACGAGGUCAUAUGCCUCGGCGACCAACAUUCGAUGUCGCUCAUCCGUCGCAA